CCCGUCUUGAGGGUGGAGCAGGUCUUCGUUCAGCGGGGAAAUGCAUGCUGUCUCCAUGGUAGCCCCUCUGAUCUUCGUGGUAACCUCGCGGGCCUCCUCCAUUUGGGAAAAAACGGGGACCACCUUCGUAAUCAAACCCACCGCGACUGUAGUCAUCCUCUGGCCUACCAAACGGACCCCUCCUCUCCAUGGCUCCACCUGCUCGAGGUUCAGCAUGAGCGGAGGUUUGGCACCAAGCAAAAGCACAGUAUAUGUGUCUAAUUUGCCUUUCUCACUGACAAACAAUGACCUGCAUAAGCUAUUCACAAAAUAUGGAAAGGUGGUAAAGGUCACGAUAGUUAAAGACAAAGACACUCGCCAGAGUAAAGGAGUGGCAUUUGUUCUCUUCCUGGACAGAGAAUCAGCUCAUAACUGUGCAAGAGCAGUAAACAACAAACAGUUGUUUGGCAGAACAGUGAAGGCAAGUAUUGCAAUUGAUAAUGGCCGAGCAGCGGAGUUCAUAAGGAGGAGGAACUACACAGACAAGACUAAAUGUUAUGAAUGUGGGGAUGCUGGUCAUCUGAGCUAUGCAUGUCCCAAAAAUGUGCUGGGAGAGAGGGAUCCUCCUAAAAAGAAAGAAAAGAAAAAGAAAAAAGCCCAACAACCAAAGCAUGUUGAAGAAGAAGAAGAGGAAGAAAGUGAAGAAGAGGGAGAGGACCCGGCCUUAGAUAGCCUGAGCCAAGCGAUCGCUUUCCAGCAAGCCCAUAUGGAGGAAGAGCAAAAGAGAAAGAAUGCACCUAACACUCAAGGAGAAGGUGCACAAGCUUCAACAUCAGCAGACUCUAGGAAACCAAGGAUCAAAAAGAGUGCGUACUUCAGUGACGAGGAGGAGCUCAGUGAUUAAUAAUAAAUGUGUUGGACUUUACCAGUGCAUUCAUUGAUAUUAAUUUACUCGUGUUACAUUGAAGGUGUGGAAAUAUGUUUCAUUUUUAUUUUUUACAUUAUUAUAUAUUCAUUGUUUCAAUUAAAUUCAUUGUUUAAAGA